AUGCACCAAUGCAAUCUCCACAUCAUAGAGUACGGUCAGGACAAGGGUGUUACUGCUGCAAGGGGUAAAAACAUCAGCCAAUUCCAUCUCAAGUGUGCAAGGACAUCCAACCCACAGUUCAAUGAGGAGAACAUUGGUGGUGUUAACAAUGAAGCCGAUGAGUGGUUUCAAGUUGAUGAUCAAGGCAUGGUCAUUCAACACGUUGACUCUGCACCUGCAAAUGUUGAGGUGCAGGCUUGGCACCAGCUCCCCACAACCUCCUUCCCCCUGUCUGUCCAGCAAAAACAACCAAACACCAAUGGAUCCAACUGGCCCGUUGUCCAAUAUGCUGCAAAGUGA